AUGGAUACUAACCAGCUUCAAGAGACCUUUACUAUCUUUGCCAAUGAAGAUAAUCAAGAAUUAGUUCAAAUUGACCGCCUACCUACCCUACUAAGAACUCUAGGCUAUAUUGUUGACCCAGAAACACUGAAGAACUUCUUCCCACAAGCCAUAACUUCAGUAGCUCUAGCUGAUCUUGAAGAAAUGAUUCGUGUUCAAUGUCUUCCUCGUCUUUCUUCUAAUGAAGUCCUUUCCGCCUUCCAAUCUUUUGACAAGAGCAAUACAGGUAAACUUACCAUUAGUACGAUCAAGAACAUUCUUUCUUCUGGUGAAACUCCACUCACGUCCGAGGAGAUUGAUACGUGUUUAGAACUCCUUAAUCCCUCUCCUGAUGGUAUGGUCGAUUACCGUAAGAUCAUAACACCCUAA